AUGGUCGCGACACGAUCCUCCUCCCGCGCCCUCCCCAACGGCGUCGACGCCUCCCCGUCCCACUCCCCGUCUCCUGCCCCCGCCCCCGCCGUCGCCUCCGUCGCCUCCGCCGUCCGCGACAACAAGUCCGCCGCCCCCCGCGGCUGGUCCCACGCCCCGACCACCUUCACCGCCGCCUGGCUCCUCAUCUCGCUGCCCCUCGUCGCCUGGGACACGGGCUACGUCCUGCUGCGGCCUUGGACCAUGCCCGGCGGCCACCUCCACUGGCCCCUCUGGGCCCCCUACGCCCUCUACGGCGAGGUCGACCACAUCUACGGCUGGAAGGCAUUUGAGUCCCGUAACGGCUUCACCUCGGCCCAGGGCGCCCUCAACCUCGUCGAGACCCUCAUGUACCUUGCCUACGUCUGGCUGUACGUCUCGCGCGGCCAGCCCGUCGGCGGGCCCGCCGGCGCCAAGAAGACUGUCGGCGGGAGGGCUGGCGCCCUGGCCGUCGUCAUCGGCUUCAGCGCCGCCGUCAUGACCUUGAGCAAGACGGUGUUAUACUGGGCCAACGAAUACUUCUCCGGCUUCGACAACAUCGGCCACAACACGAUGGCCGAUUUAAUCUUGAUGUGGAUCAUCCCCAACGGCGCCUGGCUUGUCGGGUCAGGCUACAUGGUCUUGUCCCUGGGCGGCGAAAUCGUCAACGGUCUGGCCCUCGCCUCGAAGACGACUAAGACCGAGUAA